CCAGCCAAACCGAAUGGAAAAGCAGGGUGAUAUUCUCGAGUGAACGCAUGCGUAUAUUUUCGUCAGCUAAACUGUCAGAUUACGAAUAAACUUAAAAAAAACUUACGAUCAUUCCAUGCAUGAUGGUAUAUUUAAAUAAUCAUUAUGUAUUAAUUACAUAAAAAAUGUUUGGCGAAUUAAGAAUAGGAAAGUCACUUAGCUUUAUUAUUUUACUGUUAUUGACCUGCACCACUCUUGGUAACGAUGUAAAAAUCGAACAACUAACGUUUUGUGGUCAGGCUUCAUCUGAUAAGCCUUCCAGCAGUCUUGUAUUCGUCAGUACAUUAGAUGGCAAAAUAUCGGCCCUCGAUACGUCCCAACAAGGGAAAGUACAAUGGUCCGUACAGUUGAACGACAGUCCGAUGUUGUCGUCCAACAUUCAUCGACGAGAAUUGAACAACAAUGGUCAAUGGGUCAGAUUGAUUCCAUCACUGAAUGGCGGCCUGUACAAAUUUGACGGUGAAAAUGUCGAGGCGGUGCCGAUAAAUUCUGACAAUCUUCUACAGACAUCGUAUCGAUAUACCGACGAUUUAGUUUUCUCUGGUGGAAAGGAAACUCAAUCUUACGGUGUAUCGAGUCUGACUGGGCAGGUAUUAUACGAAUGUGACAUCAACGGAUGCACCAACAAAACAGAUGGGAACGAUCAGAUUGAUCAAGAAGUACUUAUUAUUCAACGUUUUCAAAAGACCGUCAGAGCCAUUGAACCUCGGACAGGUCACGAAAGGUGGAAUUUUAGCGUUGGACAGCACGUUCUAUCUCUGGUUCCUCAGGAAGAUCUUGACUGCCAUGAUGAUUCACCGGCACCUUUAAAAUUGGAUCUCAAAUUUGAACUGAAAGUCAUUGUCCCAGAGGGACGAAUUUUGGCUGUUGAUAAACUGCAACCAGAUGCUGUAUUAUGGCAACAUCAGUUUGAUUCUCCGAUUGUAAGCAUAUGGCAAGCAGAUUACUCUACUGAAUCCAGAACUUAUGACAGCUUAAAACAAGUAGAUCUGUUUAGUGGUUCCCAAUGGGUUUGGGGUAGUGAAUCUUCACUAAGUCCCAGUAUCUACUUGGGAAUGCAUGAGAAGCAGUUGUACAUUCAGGAAAGCCAAACUCUUCACGAAAUGUUAGAUACGUCACCAAAAAAAGUUGUACAUACACCAAAGUUUCCAUGGCAGCCAUAUCCUGCUAUAAGCAAUGCCGUGGCUAUCAAAAAUGUCGAAGAGCAAGAAGUAGGACAAAAAGUGUCGGGCUCAACAGAUGAAUCACAAACCACAGCAUUAUCUGUUUUGUAUGCUUCUUCAUACGUCAAUGGGAAUGGCUACUACUUAUACACAGAUAACGAUUUGCAUUUGAAAGACAAUAAACAAUGUAAUAAUAGCACAACUCCUGAUAUAGCAACUGAAGGCAUCGAAGAGCUCUCUCUCACUGACUACUUGAAUGAAGGCGAUGACACACCUGUGCGAGUGAUCAUAGUGUCGCUCUGGUAUUGGUGGAAAGAGGUAGUCAUAAUAUCUAUAACUACUGCAGCACUUCUCAAUUUUAUGCUUACUCAACGACUUCUUAAUGCUACGACACCUACGAGAGAUGCAAUACUACCGCCGUUGAUCGUGGAACGGCACAUUGAAACUAAAAUAAAUGACACAAAACUCCAAACGGAUAUCAGCAAUGGCUCGGAUUUUAAGUCACGGUAUCUCACAGACUUUGAGCCGAUCGAUUGCCUUGGAAAAGGUGGAUAUGGAGUUGUCUUUGAGGCAAAAAACAAAAUAGAUGACUGCAAUUAUGCCAUCAAACGGAUCGCUCUACAAAACAGCCGAGAUUCUCGAGAACGGGUUAUGCGUGAAGUGAAGGCUUUGGCAAAGCUGGAUCAUCACAAUAUCGUACGUUAUUUUAAUGCCUGGUUGGAAUGCCCUCCUAUGGGAUGGCAAGAAGAACACGAUCAAUACUGGGUGGAUAAACAAAAGUUUCCACCGUCUGAAUUCUCUACAGGAUUAUCUCCUGGAGCUUCGAAACCUAGUGAUUCUGUGUGCAUCGAUGUGCCUCAGAGCAAUCCUUCAUCGAUCGACAGUGCUUUUGAGGCGUAUAAACUAGACAAUCACAAUGAUGAUAGUGAUUCUUUCAUAGUGUUUGAAAAGUCAAAUUCAGACGAGAAUAAAGAAACUGCAAGCAUAAUUGACCUAACUGAGGGUAAACAUCCUAUUGGAACAUCGCAUUUGAGUAACGAAAUUAAAGUUAGUGUUCCCUGUAAUACUUAUGGAUCUUAUUCAAAAUCGAGCUUGUGUAGUAAUGAAGCUAUCAGAAUGAACAAUGAGAAUGAGAUAGGUAAAAGUGAUAAAAAGCGUUCACUUUCAUUGAGUUUAGAUAAUAAGACAAAAUCAGUAAAACGUAAGCCGAUGAAAAUGUUUCUGUACAUACAAAUGCAACUGUGCCAAAGACUCAGCCUUAGAGAAUGGUUGAAGCAACAAGUUGAACCAAGGAAUACCCAGCACACUUUAAAAAUAUUUCGACAAAUAGUGGACGCUGUUGAAUAUGUUCACUUACAGGGCCUGAUUCAUCGAGACUUGAAGCCCUCAAAUAUAUUUUUUGCGUUCGAUGAUAAAGUAAAGAUCGGAGACUUUGGACUUGUAACCGCAAUGACAGUUGGAUGUGAUGAAGUCCCCGAUGAACGACCGGAAAUAAACAAGUUUAAGAAUACUGUACACACUGCAAGAGUAGGCACUCAUUUGUAUAUGUCUCCAGAACAAAUGACUGGCCAAGCUUAUGACUACAAAGUGGAUAUUUAUUCACUGGGCAUUAUUCUCUAUGAACUAUUAGUACCAUUCAAAACUGAGAUGGAAAGAACUAUUGCCCUCAGAGAUUUAAGAAAAUCUAUCUUUCCAUCAGAUUUUUCUUUAAAAUAUACUGCUGAGUACAACCUACUGAAGAUGAUGCUAGAUGAAAAUCCGAAGAAACGACCGACAACGUUGGGUAUUAAGGCGCGACCACCUUUGGCAAACGUACAAACUGCCGGCUCCCUUGACGUUGACCAAGAACGCUGGCACUUUGAUUUACCUCAGAAGAGCAGACACUCUUCAGUUACUAGUAGUUCCAGUGGGGAGUCCUGGGAAAGUAUCAGUUAAAUAUCUGCACUGUUAUAAAACAUUAUUCCGCGGAAGAGAUUUCCCGUGCUCACAUAAAUCCAAGGUAGGCGAUUAACUCUGGCUGUUUACACAAAGCUCGCCAAGACACAUGGUUUAUUUGUUUUUAUUUUUAUUUUCGUUUAAUUUUACAUUCUUAUGAUUGUAUGAAUACAUUGUACGUCAGAGUAAAGUAUGAAAUGUUCUUACACUUUAUGUACUAAAGUAUCAAUUACACUGGUUUGAAAACUCAUGUUUCAUAUAAAAUGGAGACAACAUACUUAUUUUUAUGCCAAAACCAAGUAAAACUAAUCUCGUUACAUUUUUUAUAGUCAUUUUAUAAUCAAUUGAUCAUGUAUGCAGAUCUUUGAUAAAGUAUGUAAAUUGUCUAAAUAUAAUUAAUCGAAAACGAAUACCUUUUUCAAAAGAAUAAGAAGCUAAUAUUAGCAUUUUUUGAAGAUAUUUAUCCCUUUACGAGCAUGCGUGUUUUAAUUGAUUUAUUAUAUUUUUUUAUUCGAACAAAUGAUAAAGACAGUAUGUCGUGAACUGGUAAAGAAUCCUUAUUAUUAUUAUUAUUAUUAUUAUUAUUAUUUAUAGAACACCGCUAUCACUCUGGUUGUGUGAUUCUUUUUGAAACAUGACGAUACAAUGAUACAUCUACAUAUAAAUCUGUACUAAAUAAAACACGCUAUAAGUCUUGAAGGAUUAUUCACUACCAAAACAGAGCCAAGGUACUGUCACUUAGUCAGUGAACCUGCAAUUCAAUAAAAUAAUUUAUUUUACGAUUAUCUGAGAAUUUCAAAUGUCUCUCUUGAAUCCUCCGAGGAGCGGAAACCUAAGCCAUCCGAUGAACAAUCCUUUUCUUGUUCCAAUCAUUGUCAGUGCAUAAUUUUUGUAAUGUAUUAAUUCAGUAAAUGAAUGCACCUGCAUUCCUAAUGUUACUUAUGGCUCAAGUAGAUUCAUAUGUUUCAUCAGGUUUUUGCCAAAUAUAUAAGGAAAAAAAUGUAUUUGUUUUAGAGCAAAUAGUGAAAACAAUAUUUUAAUAAUGUAGGUACUGCAAUCACAUAGGUAUACGUUAUUUCUACUUUCUUUGAUUAUAAAUAAACGUUAUCAUUU